AUGUCUAAAGCGCUGUCAGCCAUUGGCAGCCUCAUGUUGCACGCAGCUGCGGUUUCCGGUCUCGGGAUUGAAGACACAAAUACCUUCGACUCGAAUUAUAUGGAGUCCCUAGAAUCAGAUACCAGCACAGCAACCAUAACGAACAUUCUCGUCCAAUGCAUCAACUUUCAAAAGCGGCAGAAGCUACACGGAUUAAUCAUGACAUUAGUAUUCAUGAUCAUCUACCCUCUGGGCGCGUUGUCCCUGCACCUUCCGCUAAAACUCCGCGUACCCCUUAAUUUCCACCUGCCGAUCCAGAUCGUGGGCGUAAUUAUGAUGGUAGCAGCAACAGCACUGGGGAUCCGAUUGGCAUUGGAGGUGCACUUGUGGAAUCUGCUACGCGCCCAUGUCGCCUUGGGGACUCUUGCAAUAGGCGCAAUCCUAAUAAUCCAACCUACCCUGGGUAUUAUACAAAGUCGCUGCUCUGAACUUGGGGUAGAGGAUAACAAGAGCAACUUGUGUGGCGUUAUGCAUAGAUGGAUAGGGAGGGGAGCAAUACUUUUGGGCAUGGCUAAUGCUGGCAUCGGGUUCCUGGUCGUGGGUAUUGGUACGAGUAUAGAAGAGGGCUCACUGACAAGGAGCUUUGUUUUGAUGGGGGUCUUUACGUCAUUGUGGUUCUUGGUUGUAUUGGUGGAUUUCCACCGUGGGCUGGGCGAGAAUGGCGCAAGGCGGAAACGGUAG